AUGCAACCUUCCACCAUUACCGCCGCUCCUAAGGAUAAGACCAGCUCCGAAAAGAAGGACAACUACAUCAUCAAAGGCGUGUUUUGGGACCCAGCCUGUGUUAUUGCCUAA